AUGCCCGACAUGUCCGAGCACGUGGCGGCGUACUUGCCGGAAAAAGAGCAUGUGUUGGAAGGGACAGAUGCGAUGAUGGGCAUUUGCAGUAGGGCAGCAGCUGCCAUGUCAGGUGUAAUGCUGGUCCAGCUCUGCCACCACGGCAUGCUCAGGGUCAUCACGUCUGACCUCGCCCAAGACGGUGCAGUCUGGCCGGUCAAGACGUGUGUCUUCAACAGCACUUGA